AUGAAUGAAUAUCCUCAAAGUUAGUUCUAAUAUAUCAAAACCUACUUUCUGAAGAAUGGUAUUGCAAAAUAAUUAAUACCUGAUAAUUUAGAUGAUAUUUAUCCAGAAGCAUUAGAUGAAAACCCUACCAACAAUUAAUCCCACAGAAGAGCAAAAUCUGAUGUUGUGUUAAAAAAAGAGGCUUAAAAGCAUAAUUUCGUUUAAUAGUUUUCAUAACAAACCGAUACAUCGACCUAAAAUCAGAGCUUUAAAUCAUAAGGCAUUUUAAAAAAAACUCAAAGAAGCACCACCAAUCCAGUUGAUAAAAGAAAGACCCAUAGAAAAAAAGUUCAUUUUAUAUGA